AUGCUUGCAGCACGAAGUAGCACUGGUUGCUGGACGUGUAGACUUCGUAAGAAGAAAUGUCAGGAAGAACGACCCAAGUGUUCAACGUGUGAUUCACUUCGCAUCACUUGCCACGGCUAUAGUGAGAAGCCUACUUGGAUGGAUGGAGGAUCAUCAGAGAAGGCAGAAUCGGAGCGAAUCAAAAGAGUGAUAAAAGAGAACAAAAAACGCAAAAGAGAGAUAGUCAGUCUCGCUGUGGCAAAGAAUGGCCCAGGAUCCACACCCAUUACCGACAGCUCGAUGACAGAUACAGAGUCUAGCGAUGCAUCCCGGAAGCCAUCGUGCGUGAGCUGCUCACUGAACCUCGUAAUUAACGACUACCAUGGACGCGAAGCGAACCUCUUGAUGCAUUACCUAGAUAUCGUCUUUCCUCGCCAAUUCAGAUUCUACAGGCCUCUGGCCUCAGAGGGUGGCCGUGGCUGGCUUUUAAGUAUCCUUUUACGCACGAGGCCACUGUAUCAUGCGGCGUUGAGCUUAAGCGCGUAUCAUCAGAGCGCUACAUACACGGGUAUUGGGUCUAAAGCCAGUGAUAAUAUACUUGAAGACCUGCAAAAGCACCAUUGUCUGGCACUGGUCGGUCUCAGGCAGCACAUUGAUCGGCUCAGUUUGGAAAUUGGUUUGGGCAGGACAAAGACUAAAGUUGAGAUACUUGCUUGUAUGAUCUGUUUGAUUUCAUUCGAGGCGUUGAAAGGAGAUAGUGAUGACUGGCAGACGCAUUUGCAAGCUGCCAGAACUAUUUUCAUGGGUCUUAAGGACAAUUUCCUUCUUCCUUUGACUAUUUCAAAUGCAGCGCGGGUGAUAGAAGGUUCUCCUAACCCCGAUUCCGACGCUCUUUCUUUGGACGAAGAAUUAGCUCUCGAAUUCUUUUCUACGGCCCUCAUCUGGUUUGAUGGCAUAUCUUCCGUAACUACAGGUGCAAAUUCAGAAUAUUCCAAUAUCUACCCUUCUAUUCUGCGCAUGGAUAAUGGCAGAAUCCAACUUUGUAAGUUAAUGGGAAGUCAGAAUUGGGUUAUGAUUGCUAUCAUGGAUAUUGCGCUCCUGGCCGAGUGGAAAAUAACGCGGGAGGGUUUGGGCGAUUUAAGCCAAUCUCAGCUGGCUAGACGCGCAGCCUGUAUCGAAGAUCGACUUGAAAAUGGCAUACAAGAGAAUAGAGUCCGUCAAACUGGCGAUAAUUAUGAUCAGUGCGGCAUUCGUGCUCAAGAAAGCCAACAUGUCACUCACAUAUUCGCAUGUGCUGCAAAAGUUUAUUUAUAUGUUACCCAGUCUGGUGCAUACCCUAGAAUUCCAGAGAUCAGAGACAGCGUGUCAGCAGCCCUUAAAGCCUUCCGAGAUCUUCCCGAUGGUCGAUGGAUCUGCCACCUUGUAUGGCCUUUCUGUAUUGUUAGCUGUAUGGCAGAUGAAGAACACCAAAAUAAAUUUCGAGAGAUUGCGGCUUUGGUAAAUAAGGAACGAGAUAUUUUCUGCAACUUUCAGAAUGCAUUCUCGAUCAUGGAAGAGUGUUGGAGACUUCGUGAAAGUCAACCUUGCAGCCCCUGGAGCUGGGUAACAGCCAUGUCCAGUCUAGGGGUAAAGACUCUUCUUGUCUGA